AGGGCAGCGCUGGGGGAGGAGAGAAAGAUAAGCAAGGAGCGAGGGAAUUUGCGAGGAAGGAGAAACACUGAAGAGAAACAGAGGGCAAAGGGAGGAGCAGUAAACACAACAAAGUUACAAAUGAGAAGGCCAGCAAAGCUAAAUGCAGCAGAGACAAGAGGGGGGUGGGAAGUAAGCCUCAUUAUUACAACAAUUACAUCUACUUGCAGCUCACUAAGCCAAAAGCAAACAAGGGUGACAGAACGAGGGAACGGGAUAGAAAGAGAGAGACACUGAGAGCGAGAGAGCAGAAAACCGAGAGAGGAGUUGAAUAUUGACUUGAGGGAGUGAAGAGAUUAAUGAGAAAGAAAACCGUUUUCAAAAAAAAGAAAAGAAAACAUGUAAGAGAAGUCAAAACGGUAGAUUAACAUUGAGAAGACUCACUGGCGCACACAAAGGGGACAGUGAAGGUGGAAGUUCCAACGGCUUGUCAGCGGGGUGCUGCAGCUCGCUAGCCUUCACUUUCAUAAUUAUGACAGGGAAAAGAGUGAAGUAGGACACACAGACAAAGGCGCAGUCACACUCAGCGUUCUCUUCAUGACACAGCCAUGCUGUCGAAAGAGUACAGAAUAUGUAUGCCAUUGACUGUGGAUGAGUACAGGAUUGGCCAGCUGUAUAUGAUCAGCAAGCACAGCAGCGAGCAGAGCAGAGGAGGGGAAGGGGUGGAGGUGAUACGCAACGAGCCCCAGUCCCAUCCCCAGCAUGGCGCGGGGCAGCUGACCGAAAAACGAAUCUACCUCAGCAGUAAACUCCCGUCCUGGAUGAGGACGUUUGUCCCCCGGAUCUUCUACGUCACCGAGAAAGCCUGGAAUUUCUACCCGUACACAAUAACAGAGUACACGUGUUCUUUUGUUCCCAGGUUUAACAUUCGGAUUGAGACCAGGUUUUCCAAUGACAAUGGAAACAAUGAUAAUGUUUUUGGGGACAGUCCCACCCCUCCGGAGAACGUGAGUCACGUGGACAUCUUGACCGACCCCUUUCCCGAGAAGCACUACAAACAAUCGGAGGACCUGAGCAUUUGGGAGUCAAAGAAGACAGGCCGGGGCCCUCUGUUGGCCGGCUGGCGCAAUAACAGCAAGCCUAUCAUGUGCUCCUACAAGAGGGUCCAGUGCAGCUUUGAGGUUUAUGGACUACAAGGGAGAACUGAGGAAUUCAUUCACAAGAAUAUACGUGAUAUCCUACUGGUGGGACACAGGCAGGCUGUGGCUUGGACUGACGAAUGGCACGGAAUGAGCUUGGAGGAAGUGAGAGAAUUUGAGAGAGAGUUGCAGGAGCAGACUAACAGCAAACUGAAAUCCACACAGAGCAGCACAGAUUCGGCGACGCCCCCCCGGCCCGCCUUCUCCCGCUCGAUCUCUGUCACGGAUGAGUCGUCUCUGAAAAGGAUGGGGGUGAGGACGCCGGUGAUGUCAGACUCGCCGCCUCAAUCACCCAUGCGCCUGAACUCCACUCCUGAGUGACAUCGCUGCCGCUACCCCCCCCCCCCUCCCCUUUUCCCGUCAGCUGGGGGGCAACGCAAUCAGAAUUGGAAAUAUGUCAAUCCCUCUCGAGUCGGCUGACAUUUGGAAACACGCACACAUGCAGGUCCGAUGCCGAAAGGCUCUGCUUAUUUUAAAGCACAACUAGGUACAAAUCAAUAGGUGAGGUGUUCGAGGUGCAAUCUAUUUAAUAUUGUAUGCAGUAUAUCCACAGCUUUGUUUCUCACUGUAAUGGAUUAUAUGACAUUACAAAUGGCAUUCCAAUACGUGGUGCUGGGCAACUGAUUAUGGCAAUCGAGGGGUUGUAUGCGCACACUUGUGUGCAUGCUCUGUAGCAGGACUGUCAUCCUAUGUCUACUUUUUAACUGUACUUCUACUAAAUAAUAUGCAUGCGGUAUGUAAGCAAAUGCUGACUCUACAAAUAUCCCUCAGGAAAAGUCAAACAGCCAAGUCAUGGGCAACAAAAAAAAAACAAGAUUUCAAUCAGGAAACUCGGGUAGACAUUUUGGUCAGGCAAGGUUGUGUGCGAUCGGGCCACCUUUCUCAAGGGGCCCUUCCUGUCAAAGGCAUGUUGGAAUUAGACUUUCGGCCCGGCGGCAGCCGAGCGCAAGGAGCAGGCAGCACACAAACCCCAUCAGAUAGGGGUGUGCGUAAGGUGGAUAAGGCGGCUGGGGCAGGGGAGCGGCAGUCAGAAACGGGAUUAAUUUAACUCAGCGGGGAGCGAAGCACUGUGGGUAAGACUUAAACUGGGGCCUUUCCAUCCGUUGGAUAAUUAUUCAGAAGGGUUGGGGGGAGGGCGGUUGAAGCACUGACUUCAACCAUGUGGGAGAGAUUUGCCGAGGGAAUUUCCUCUUUACCCUUGUUCACGUAUUUUCAUGUAUAUCAUGACGCUAAAAGAAAAGGAUUCUUUUACCCAAAGUGUCCUGUGGUGGAAGGGUACCUGCUUAAUUGUAUUCAAAAUACAAGGUAUUGUGUUUUUGUUUUGUUCCUUCCAUCCCGUAUGCUUCCUUUGUUUCCCCAUUUUGGACUGUUGGAUUACACUUGUAGGCCCUUGUCGCCCUGGCGAUAUCCUCCGUCCUUCAAUGCGUAUGCAUCCCAACCCCCGCUCCGCGCUCGGCGUGCAGGAGGACUGCACUCCUGCGCACGGCAGCUGGUGACCAGGGCGGGGGCGCUCUCGAGCAGCGCUUCGCCUGAUGAAUCCAUCAUUCCCGGGGUGACCCCGCUGGCAGUUGCUCACCGCGCUGUGCGGCUGUCGUCAGCCGUCAGCGCUGGCGCUGUCAGGACCGGGUUCUGGACAAACGAAGCACAUCGCCGCGCCCGAGAGCGGGCGCUUCACCUGGACGCGCCACCUGACUGCCCGUCUCCGCUUUUACGGGUUCCUGCGAGCCGACCCGCUUGUCUCCGCGCGGGUUGUCGAACAAGUUCGUAUUUCUGCCAAAUGUGUCAACACUGCAAGCUGUAUAUAUAUAUAUAUGCCUUGUGCAGCAGCGGGUGGCACGAUGUUUGACGCAGGGUUGCAAAAUUUACAGAAAAGCAGAGAGAGAGAGAGAGAGAGAGACUGCACAAGCACUUGACAGGGCUCUGCAGUGGCAACGUUCAUUAACACGGGAAAGUAACGUGCAAACACCAGGUGCUGUGUUAGCAGAGCGUCUGUUCGCCCGAGCACGUUCCAUGCAAGUCGUAUUUGAGGUUGUGCCAUCAGGAAAAAACAUGCUUAUUUUCCUUCUACUGAACCACUGCCGAGCUGCUCAGAUGAAAAUGUUUGUAACAGAUCUCAGUGAGGUGAAUUAAGCACUCAGUGCCACUGCAAAGCUUUUGUAUGAAUUUUUUAAAAUUCUCAAUAAAUAACAAUGCCUAGCAACAGUAAAAAUGACAUGGACUCAUAAGUGCCUUUCACCAGAGGAUUGCAAGUGCUUUAUAGUAUGAGCAUGAGUUCCUGGGCUGGUUGUUUUGUGUAACUUGUGAAUGUCUGGUCAACGAGCGACUCUUUAUUUCUAUGCUGUACUACAGCUGAUAUCAGUUAGCAAUGGUUAGCAAUGUGUACAGGUUUCUUUGUGUACAGUUCACUGUCAAUUCCUAUAAAUUCUGUUGAAUCUGUUAAA